AUGUUCUUCCAGUCCACUCCUGACUUGAGGUUUAAAACUCCCUUAAUUGGUUUUGGCGGUACUCUGCAUUGUGGGACACAAGCUGGGGUCUCUAUCAGCCCAUCUCCAGUGGUCUUCACGGUUGGUUCUCCUCCUGAUGGCUCAACACCGCACCAAACCACACGGACACUGCUGUUUUCAGUGGGAUCGUCCAGCUCCCAGAGUCCGGUAUGUUCAUUCACUGGUAGACAUCUUAUGGUUGGAGCUGGUGGGGAAGCUUUUGAAGCUCCAUCAAGUCUCAGGUGUGCCUUCCCUGACCAAGCUACCAAUGUUGAAGGAGUGGUGGUGUUUGAAGUUCCAGAGUUACCCGAAGAGACUCUGAUGGAGCAGGAGCACACCGACACGCUGCGCAGCCUGAGGUUCACGCUGGCCUUCGCCCAGUCUGUCAUCGAGAUUGCAAUUCUCAAAGGGAGCUCAGUGGAUGUAAAUGCUUCAGUGACUUCAGAAUACCAGAUGCAAGAGAGUGUUGUUGCUGAUCAAAUCAGUCUGCUGAGCCGAGAAUGGAGUUACGCAGAACAGCUGGUACUCUACCUCAAGGCGGCAGAACUUCUUUCCUCUGGUUUACAGACUGCCAUGGAGCAAGUCAAGUCAGGCAAAUUGUGCCUCUCCUCCACAGUAAAACAGGUUGUGAAGAAGCUAAAUGAGCUGUACAAAUCCAGCGUGUCUUCAUGCCACUGCCUGAACUUACAGCUCCAGAAGUUCUUUGCUGACAAGCAAAAGCUGAUGGAUCGAAUCAACAGCAUCACUGCAGAGAGACUGAUCUUUAGCUAUGCUGUCCAGAUGGUGCAGUCAGCAGCCUUGGAUGAGAUGUUUCACCACCGAGAGGACUGUAUUCAUCGAUACCAUAAAGCUCUGCUUCUUAUGGAUGGAUUGCUAAAUUACAUGACUGAGCAAGCUGACGUAGACAACAUCACCAAGUGCAAACUUUGCAUUGAGCGCAGACUGUACGCACUACAGAAUAGCAUUUGUGCGUAAGUCCAGCUGCUCUUCAGACUCCAGCC